GUUAAAUUAGUUGAGUUUCUGGUGAUAGGGUAUUGAGGCCAAUAAAUAUGUGAUUAUUACUUCAAUACUGGUAUGAUGCGAAAAUUCGAAAUCCUGUUACUAUAAAAUUAUCUUAAAAUUUAGUUUUAAGUUUGUUUCAACUCUUAUCUAUCACAUGUGAUGUUAGCAAUGAAGACCUAAGAGUUCGACAAAACAUCGACCUGGGCGGUUCUUUUGCGAUAAAGAUAAGAUUUUCAAGCAAGCGAUAGGUAAAUAGAUAUAAGCCAAAAUUUCCUGGUUUUUUUUUACAAACGAGAAUCAGUGUUCCGAAACACUUCACCUUGACGUACGCCUCAUAAGUCGCUUUUCGGUUCUCAUUGCUUCAUUAAUCACUUUUGUUAAAUAUUAUAUCUGCGGAAAACUACUUUUAUCAGUUAUGAGUCAUCAAUAUCAUCAUCUUAAACUUAUUCCCUACCAAAAGCUGAAAGGUCACGUGAGUUCACUUGAUGGAAAGAAGCAACCAGUACUGGGCCUAGGGAUGUCGUCCAUUCGAGAUUAUCCAGCGCUACCGGAAGGAGUACAGCCGCUGGACAAUCAGGUCGCAGGUCAUACAUUUCAACAAGGAACGGAUGCCCUAGGAUUACUUCAGGAUACGGAUAAUGGCACCGUGCUGAAACCGGCUGGAAAAGUCCUUUGUGGUGUUCGAGAAAUUAAAUUCUACGACCAAUUACAGGCAGCCACGACUGAGCAAGAUCUCUUGAGGCUGAAGGAGAUUACUCCACAGUAUCACGGUCAUCAUAAAUUGGUAAUCGAUGGCAAAUCGGUUGAGUUUAUCAAACUAUCCGACCUUACGCACGGUAUGCUGGAGCCGUGCAUCAUGGAUGUGAAAAUUGGUAGCCGUACCUGGGAUCCCUUGGCGACGGAAGAAAAACGUAAAGCGGAAGAGUCCAAAUACUACGCCUGCAAACAUAAUCUGGGACUGUGCAUACCUGGAUUUCAGUUUUAUUCGCUUGCCAAUGGACGGGUGAUGCGCUAUGGCAGGGAUUACGGCAAAAAACUGACCGAAGCAACGGUGAAAGAUGCAUUCCGAAAAUUUUUGAACGCCGAUAGUGGCCUCUGUCGUCAGUUGUUGAUGCAAUUUCUGUCGGACCUGUGGACUAUUCAAAAGUGGGCCCGUACCCAAACCAGUUUCCGGCUGUAUGCCAGUUCCGUCCUGCUAGUGUACGACGCUCGUCGUCUGAAACCGGUGCUGCAACACCAAACCAGAAGUCUUAGCAGAUCCAAUUCCAAACCCGCGGUCAGCAACUCCGGUAGUUCGAGCCCGGUGGUAGCUGGUUCAUCUUCUCCCAUUUCAAGAACGCCAACGCCCGAUCUCAGCAAUGUGGAGCCGCUGCAACAUUACUACAAAAUCCAAAGAAGUCAUUCAACCAUGAAUAACUAUGAAGAAGAUAUGAAAGCCAUGCGCGAAAGCUACGUGUUUAUGCGUGAUAAUCUAGUCGGAUCGUAUGAGAAUAAAGUGUGGGCCCAAGCGAGGAUGAUUGACUUUGCGCAUGCGUUUCCGGCCGAGGAAGCGUCCAUCGACACCAAUUAUCUACAGGGGAUCGAGAGUUUGGUAAAUAUUUUUGAAGAUUUUCUUAAAGAUUGUGAUGCAGAGAAUGCAUCCAAACCCGGUGUUCCCUAGAAUUAACAAAUCAUAAAUUAUGAUCUUUUGAAUCGGUUUCGUACAGGUCAAAGCAAUAUAUACAGCUUGCAUUUGCGGAUAAUGCAAGAUCCCAAAUUUUCUUAUGUAUGCCAAUCAUAAGAUGUUGUGUAUUAAAUUUUUUCGGAAGUAGUUAGACAUUUAUCUAUAACAAAUAAGAUAACUGAAGUAUCGUUUGGAUCUUUAACGUAAGCACAAAAACAAUUUGGUGAUAAUUUAGUAAUCAGGUCACACAUAAAAGCGGAAUGGUCUAACCUUUUGACUAACCAACCCGUUGGGGAUAUAGAAACGGGAUCACAGUUAAAUGCUAGCUUCUGCAAUUUGUGUGUAACCUUAUAAUCACUAUUCGCUGGCAAAAUUCAGGCCAAAGUACAAUUAUGGGCUGUUCUUCAUUUAAAGUUUGGUUAGUAAUUAUAAAAAAUGUGUAUUAUCUACAACUAUUUAAAUAGUUAGUGCGAUCUCUCUUCACUGCUCUUUUUACAACUGUUGAGAAGAAGAUUGCUUCUAAAAUCCAAGGCCAUUGAUGACAAAGAUAUUUUUAGUUAAAAACUACUUACGGAAUACGCUUUAAUAAUCGAUUAUGACUGUACUAUUACAAGGGUUUGUAUUGACGUUAGCACUAUGCGAAAUAUAUGUUUAUGGUGGAUA